CUUUUGAUGAAGAAGCAGCAGAGAAGGAGGGCCGAUACCCAAAUGGUCACAGCCAAUAGGGACGCUCGACCCAAGAAAAGCAAGCAGAAGACUGGAGCAGAUGACACAGACCUGUUGAUUACUCAAUCCCAGAGCAACAACUCCUUAAAUGCUGAAGAGGCCCAUGAUAAUCCACUGGAGGAAAUUACUCUGGGAGAGCUCAGCCUAAAAACCACUGAUGCUACAGAUGAGAUGCCCCCCGAGAAACCCAUCAUCACCAAAACUAUGGACGUGGAAAUUGACAGCCAGCCAAAGCCUAAACUUAGUACAGAAAAUGAAGGCCCAGCAGAAGUGAAAAAAAAAGAGAAGGAGAAGAAAGAGAAAGGUGUGAAAAAGGAGAAGGCGCAAGCAAAACAGUUAGAACAGAAUGAGGAGAAGGGAGAGGAGAAAGAGAAGGAGAAGCGAGAGAAAAAAACUAAGAAGGACAAAUUGAAAGGACACACCCCAAGUAAAGAGAAAAAAAAUAAGACUGAUGAACAAGAGGCAAACACUAUCACUAAGUCUCCAGCCAUUCAGAUAGAUUCAGUAGUAGAGUUUGAAACGCCAGAAUGGGACAGUGAUGGCGAGAGAAAGGAUUGGUCAAAAAGCCCCAUCCCAGGAACACCCAAGAAAAAACAACACCUCAACACAUCAAGGUGCCAAAUAAGUGACAAUGAGAGGGAGGAAGAUGAAAUUCUUGAAAGAGAGAAAAAAGAGAAAACUCCAAAAAAGCUAAAAAAAGCUGAGAAAGCCAAUCUCGCACUGCUUAACUCCAACUACAGGCAGCAGGACACCUCAGACAGUGACGACAACAUUGGAAGAGUGACAACUCCUGUCUCAGUUGAAGAUCUUGAAAAGUUUGCCCUGCAUCCAGCCCCUAGAGAUACAACAAUCCAGUGCAGAAUCACUCGGGACAGGCGGGGCGUGGAGAAAGGAAUGUACCCCACUUACUAUCUCCAUAUGGAGAAGGAGGAUGGGAAGAGGGUGUUUUUAAUGGCAGGCAGGAAGAGGAAGAAGUGCAAAACCUCCAAUUAUCUAAUUUCCAUUGAUCCAACAGAACUUUCCAGAGACACAGACAGUUAUAUAGGCAAACUAAGAUCAAAUGUGCUAGGCACCAAAUUCACAGUGUUUGACGGCGGGGAUAACCCUGAUAAGAAACCUUUCGUCAAAGAGUGUGAGUCAGUUCGGCAAGAGCUUGCCGCAAUCUGUUAUGAGAAGAAUGUUCUAGGUUUCAAAGGCCCCAGGAAAAUGACGGUGGUUAUUCCUGGCAUGAUGGAGAAUGAUGAGAGAGUGUGCAUUCGCCCAAAAAGUGAUAUAGAGUCUCUGCUCUCCCGCUAUGAGAAUGGUAACACUGACAACCUAGUGUGCCUCAUGAACAAGUCCCCCAGCUGGAACGAACAGACACAGUCCUACGUGCUCAAUUUCCACGGCCGCGUCACACAGGCCUCCGUCAAAAACUUCCAAAUCGUUCACCCUGACAACGAGGACUACAUUGUGAUGCAGUUUGGCCGGGUGGCAGAGGACGUAUUCUCCAUGGACUAUAGCUUCCCUAUGUGUCCCCUGCAGGCCUUCGCCAUCACGCUCUCCUCCUUCGAUGGCAAACUGGCUUGUGAGUGAUACCAAGUGUGGACAACUCAAUCAAGCAGAAGCAGAGCAUUAAUGGCUUACCAUUACAGUUCUAUCACAGUAUUAAUUGUCAAUGUGCAUUCCAGGUAGUAUUGGAUAAGAGUUUGACAUUUUUCAACACCUGAGAUUACAAAAAGUAUUUUUUAGAUUUUGGGGAAAAAAUGUAACAACUAAUCAACAUCAUUGAGUAUAGGUUAUGAUUCAGUCUCAAUAAGGAACACAUAUUCCUAAAUGUUAUCCGAAAAACAAUGGAAAAACAGCAACUAGGUCCUCUGAAUUAUAUAUUGUGCUUAGAUGUCUGGUAGAUGUAACUUCACUAGAAUGACAAUGUUGCACAGCAUACCUGUUUUGUGGCUAUUGGCUAUUUGAUCUUAUUUGAACUGAAACAUUUUUGUAAGAAAUAUGUAUAAGAAAUAUGUCCAAUUCAUUUAUUUAAAAUUGAUUGCAGUCUUAAGGCUCCGCUCCACAUUAUCAAAAGUGUAACGUAUUCAAUUUUAUUUCAUUUUUUUUCUACAUUCCACAUAAUCUCCUAUGUGCAAUAUACACUGAGUAUACCAAACAUUAGGAACACCACCCCUGUUGCUCUCAGAACAGCCUCAAUUCGUCAGGGCAUGGACUCUACAAGGUGUCGAAAGCAUUCAACAGGGAUGAUGGCCCAUGUUGACUCCAAUGCUUCCAACUGUUUUGUCAAGUUGGCUGAAUGUCCUUUGGGUGGUGGACCAUUCUUGAUACACACAGGAAUCAUCUACACUCAUUGAAGUGGAUUUAACAAGUGACAUUAAUUAAUAAAGAAUCAUAGCUUUCACCUGGAUUCAAAUGGUUAGUCUAUGUCAUGAAAAGAGCAGGUGUCCUUAAUGUUUUGUAUACUCAUGGCAGCUGCAGGGCUCUAGACUGCAACCAUUUAGUCGCAUUUUGAGAUCUUUCCAGCGAACGUUUCCAUAACGUUGCCUAAAGGUUCUCCUUUGGUUCUUUGAAAAAUAACCUUCCAAAAACGUUCCCAGAAACAACAUUUGUUAUCUGGGUUUUGACUUGGCUUUGCAAGUUACAUUUUAAUUGGUUGCAUCGGUGCGAGCUGCCAUUUCUAGCUGGUCACUUCACUUCUCUCAAAACGUUCUAUUUGGGGGCGGCAAAAACCAUGAUUUGGUCAAAUCUAAAGUGCACUAUUUUUCUAAUCCCUGAAUGAAAUUGUCAGAUCUGCCCUGUGCUUGUUUCUCCCUUGCUGCUCCCAAGUAUGUUAGUUGGAGAGCAAAAUGCAUACUGAUUGUAACAUUUCAAAAUUCAAUUGCGAGAAAAUAAAAGUUUAGAAGCUGUUGUGACUGUUGGAGAGAGGACGGU